AUGGUCAUUGAGAACCAGAACCGCCAGUACGGCGGCAUGGGAGGCUUCGACCAUGUUUACCAGAACAACAUGCACCACCACACCCAGACCCCUCAAUUCACGGAUCCCUGGGCUGGACACACUUCCUCCCAUUCAACUCCACCUAUUUAUUCUACCUCUUCCAUGGGUAUGGGCCCCGUCAAACACGAGGACGUGACCAGACCGACGGCAAUUUCCAUGCCCUAUUCUAGUAUUCCCGUUUCUGCUCCGUCACUGGUGGCUGGCAGCAGCUACCCGUCCGCUGGCUACGGAGCUUCGGAGAUGUUGAACAUGCACCAUGAUAUUCCUCGCUCGACUUUUGAUGCUGCCCCUUCCUACACGGCGGCCGCGCCCAUUAACAGCUUCACCCCGGCCAAUUUUACUUCCAUGGGUUACGCAAACGGAUUACCUACUCCGCAGGAUGCUCGCCGCAUGUCUGAGGCUAGAAUGUCUCAACCUGCUUCAUACAGUGAUGCAAUCGAUGCCAGCCGUGGAAUGGUUGCUCUUAGCCAGGAUCUGACUCCCAGAGGGAUCUACGCGCCUCGCAGCUCUCGAGGAUCGGCGGAUUCUUAUGGCUUCCCCUCUACGCACUCAUCGGUCUCUUCAAUGUCAUCUGCCAGCAACUACCCAUACUACAGUGCCUCAGUCGCGUCGGUGGAUUCAUCCGUAACGGAUUACAGUUCGACCUCGGAGCAAUACGAUGGCUUGCCUUCGCGAACACUUCCUCGACCAAGCAGUCUUUUGGGAGCGGCUACUCCUGCCGGUCCUCAGUCGAUGAUGGGUCAGUUCAGUUCCAAGAUGCCUUCCAACGCGCAAAAGAAGCACAAAUGCAAGGUCUGUGAUAAGCGCUUUACGCGUCCGUCUUCUCUUCAAACGCACAUGUACAGUCAUACUGGCGAGAAGCCAUAUGCAUGUGAUGUUGAAGGCUGCGGUCGUCAUUUCUCCGUCGUGUCCAACUUGCGACGACACAAAAAAGUCCACAAAGGGGAGAAAGAGACCGGUUCCGGCGAGGACGAAGACUAG